CUAUCAUAAACUGUCACUUGAACUUACAGCUUGUCAAAUUUAUCGUACAACGGCACGUUUUCGUAAUUCGGAGCGGGUACAAAAUUAGUAGUUUGAAAUGUACGGAGUUAUCAAGUACGAUGUUUCGACUGUGAGCGGAUCUUUACUCAAUGCAUUUGUAUUACUUAUAAAUACCUUAUUUUUCAACGUGAAGUUAAUUGGAGAUCCUGAACAGGUGUACCCCAAGGAUAUCAGCGAAAAAAUACUGAAGUAAUAAUGUUUGAAGGAGCAAGAAACGGUGUUCGACUUCAUCAUAGUAGGCGGUGGAGCUGCGGGAUGCGCUGUAGCAAAUCAAAUAACAGAAAAUGGCUUAUGGAAGGUCCUUUUGAUAGAAGCUGGCGAUUAUCCAAGUCCAAGCUCGGAAGUACCUGGUCUCUUCACCACGUUGAUUCGUUCAGGGGAAGAUUGGAACUUUCUUAUGCUCAAGGAACCUAGAGCUUGUCUUGGACUGAGGGAAUCUAGAAUAUCUCGAGGCAAAGCACUUGGUGGCACCAGCGCAAUAGGCAACCUGAUGUACAUAGGCGGUCUUCCCGAAGACUACGACGAGAACGGAUUCGUCCAAUGGGACGGUUCAAUUUUCCGCGACAUUUUCAUGCAUUUGGAAGACUACACCGGAAGUGAACAGUCUUAUUAUGGUCAUGGCAAAGGUGGACUUUUACAUUUUGAAGAUGCUGUCUACAACGAGUCAGCUAAAGAUAUGCUAGAAGUGCAUUACAUAAAAGUUGGUAGCAAGAGAAUGCCGAAACGACACUCCCUUGGCAUGAUCAGUCAUUUUUUGAUGACCAAGAAUGGUGAACGAUACAACAUGGCUAAGGUCUUUCUCACUCCGAUCAAGGAUCGUCCAAAUCUAUUUUUCAGUAAGAACACUCUAGUUGAAUCGAUCCAAAUCUCGGAACCCGUCGAUAAACGGGCAACCGGGGUCAACGUUUCAAUAAACGGAAUAAGACUAUCCCUAAGGGCUAGGAAAGAAGUAAUUCUUGCUGCAGGACCAAUCAAUAAUCCCAAGCUUCUCUUGCUAAGCGGUAUCGGAGAAAGGGGUUACUUAGAUAAACUAAAAUUACCUUACAAGGCGUAUAUGCCAGCAGUUGGAAAGUACCUACAAAUGCAUGUUGCUCUACCAAUAUACGUAUCUCUGAACCGUACUUGCCCCACCUGUGAACCAGAGGUAUACAAUGAGACAACACUUUAUCAGGAUACUUUCGAGUAUAUACUUCAGAGAAAAGGAAGAUUCACUCAUACAGGUGUCAAUAAUUUUGUCAACUACAUACUAACGAAGAAAACGGGUACUACAUUGCCGAACCUCUCUGUCCAACACAUGUAUUUCAGAAUAGAGGAUAGGAAUUUGUUGGCUUGGUUGGAAGCGAUGGACUACCAUCCUAAAAUUGCAGGGAGGUUGUUGAGCGUGAACAAGCUGAACCCAAUGAUGAUGUUUUUGGUAACGCUGAUACAUCCUUUGUCCAGAGGUGAACUGAACUUGAACGAAACGCACUUGCUCGGCGAUCCUUCUAUUAAAGGUGCAAUCUUCUCCGAUGAGGAAUCUUCUGACUUCGAUACGAUUCUAUCGGGAUUCAACUAUAUCACCAACUUGACCACUGUUAUGGAUGAUUUGGCCGCGGAGUUUAUGGACAUUGAUAUACCCAAUUGCAGAAACUACAAAUUUUGUUCCAUGAGGUUAGUCGAACUACUUUUCCAUAUUCUGUUUACUGUUACAGUCUGAUACCAAUAUUGACGUUUUAGGAACAAUUUGCAUUGGCGGCUCCCAG